AUGGCUGAGGAACCCAACGAUGUUCGUAAGAAGUUCAUUCUCACCACUACGGGAAACUUCUAUGAGCAAAAGACUCCAUCCAUUUUGAAUGACAGCCCAGAGCUCAACAACUUCUUGGAUGAUGGAAGCCAGUUUGUCUUGUCAGUCAGCAGACAUGACAGUAAUCUUCGCCUGUCAAAUAAGAUCGAAGCUUUGGAAGGCAGCCAAGAUAAAGUAUUGGUGUUCUUCAAGCUGUACCCCACAGUGAUCACAGAGGAGAAUCUCCACCAGAGCAUCCUUGUGUCAUCCAUGUUGGAGUCCCCUGUCAGCACUCUUUACCAGGCUGUGAGACAGGUCUUUGCUCCUUUACUGCUCAAGGAUGAACACUGGUGUUCGACAUUUGAUCCAAAGCUCGCGGGUCUGCUCAGUGAGUUGGAGUUGGGUCUGGGCUCAGUGGUCCGCCAAUCGGGAGCACAACCUACUGAUUUGAAAAAAGGCCACUCGGAAGAAGAUGUUUUGGGUAUUCUUACACCGAGUGAUGAGUUCCUUUAUUGGGCGGACAUAUCUCAAUCUGCAAAGACGACCAAUGUGAAAGAAAGAGCUACAUAUUUUACUGAACAAUUCAAUCUUGUCGAAAAGGAAUAUUGUGGUCUUGAUGGCCUUUCUCUGUCUGAUGUCCUGGAGCUGGUGGAACAAAGCAGAGACAUGCUGGAUGGUGUCUGGCGGCAGCUCGAUUACAAACCUUACUCAGAAACACGCAUGGUCCGACUGAUGGAUGUUAUAGGUGGAGCCCUUGGACGAUACGUUCAGAAGAAGCUCAGUGAUCUUAAGAUUUUUGAGCAGCCGUUUAUGUCUGUGAGGGACAGCUGGAAGAUGGGGAUAGCCAUCUGUGAGAAUUGGGUUGCGGCUUGUGAACAUCUAACAGGACAGGUCUGGAAGAGACAUGCUCCUCAUCCUUGGAAGGGAAACAAACACUGCCCGCAAACCCUCCAUUGCCUAGGAAAACGAUUGGAUGAGGUGGUGUCUCUGCGGGUUUUUCAUGAGAAGCUGUUGCGUUUGUUACCAGGAGGAAAGCAGCAGGCUCUGACCCCAGAUUGUGUUUUUGAACCUUUCUCAGGUCUUAACCCUCUACAUUACAACCCCUAUACAGAGCGCCUUUGGAGGGCAGCAGUGGCUCAGUUUGAGCGCAUCAUGGCUCCAUCAGAGCGGGAAGUAGCUGGCAGACUAAAGAGCUACAUCACUGAUGUACAAGACAAUCCACAGCAGCUGUUGCAGGUGUUCCAAAAGCACAAGGAGUUAAUCGGGCGUCCUACAAUCAGAAAAGAGCUGCAGUCUGAGAGAGACACUUUAUUGGCCAGACUACUUGACUACAACAAGGGGUUGAAAACAGACUUUGAGUGUCGCUGCCAUGGAAGUCCAGGAGAGAAAUCUGGUCCACUCAUGGGAAGAAACCUCUCGGAUGUGGUUAAUAAAAUUGUCUGGGUGCAACACAUCAUACAAAAGGUGGAGGACUGUGUCCGGAUCACUGAGGCGCUGUUGUCAGAUCUAUCAGGAUUCAAAGGAUUCAUUCAUUUCUGUGAUGACCUACUGGAGGUUUUGAGGGCCUAUGAACAGGAACAGUUUGAUGACUGGUCUAGGGAUCUAUUGUCUAGUCUGGCUGAUCCGAAGUCAGGACUCAGCCUUCAAGCGAGUGAUAGGGUGAUGGAACUGGACCAUACAGACGGCAGGCUAAAGAUCCAUUACUCAGACAGAUUGGUGAUUCUGCUCAGGGAAGUCAGACAACUCUCUUCCCUGGGUUUUGCUAUUCCUGCUAAGAUCCAGCUGGCUGCAAACACUGCGGACAAGUUCCAUAGGCAGGCCAUUGUCCUCAAACAGGUGGCAAACUUUUACAACACCAUUGACCAACAGAUGAUACCUUCUCAGAGGCCAAUGAUGCUCACACUUGCUUUGGCUUUUGAGCAGGUCAUCAAGAAUCCUCGCUCUCAGUCAAAGGAAUCGGGAGGUAAACUGCACAUUACCUGGAACAAUCCUAAAGAGUUAGAGGUUUACAUCUCAAAACUGCAGUCCGCCACUGAGAAACUCUCCACUGAGAACAGGAAGCUACGCAAAUGGCACACAGAUUUCACAGACAAGGUGGUGACAUUAAUGAACGUCGACUUGCUUAGACAUCAACAGCGGUGGAAAGAAGGGCUCCAGGACCUCCGUACAGGCUUUGCUACACUAGAGGCUCAGGGCUUUAGAUCUGAUGACAUGCAGGCAUGGCGGCAACAUUGGAACCAUCAACUAUACAAAGCUCUUGAACAUCAAUACCAGACUGGACUGGAAGCGCUGAACAAGAACCUACCUGAAAUACACAUUGACCUCACUUUCAAACAGGGUCGGUUGCAGUUUCAACCGCCUUUUGAGGAGGUACGAGCACGCUAUUACAGGGAGAUGAAGAGGUUCAUCUCGAUCCCAAACCAGUUCAAAGGUGUCAGCGCACCAGGGGAUCCGGUUAUAUUCGGUGCUAUGAUCGACAGGAAUGCCUCUGGGUUCCUCACCAUCUUCAGCAAGGCAGAGGACCUUUUCAGCCGCUUGCGGACUAUUCAACACAAGUUCAAGGAGUGGGUGGUGCUGGGGCAAGUGGAUUUGGAGAAGUUAGUAGAGAAAAAUCUGACCACCGUGCAGGAUUGGGAGAGAAAUUUCAAGGCCCUGAAAGCCAGAGGAAAAGAAUCUGAACGUCUGCCCAGCCAGGAGAAGGUUGACUGUGUCACUGUCAAUUGUGAGCCACUGAAAGCUGCCAUUGAGGGGCUGAUCCAGAGGCUCUUUGACCUGCUUCUGAUAUCUCUUAGGAAAUCCAUACAAGGCCACACACAGGCCAUUGACAGUUUUGUGUCUGAGUCACUGGAGACCUUGUCCACACGACCAGAAAAUAUUGAAGCGAUUAGUGCUGCUAGUGGCAAAUAUAGCCAAAUAGCUGCCCAAAAACCUGAGAUCCUACCUCAGUUCAAGUCAGCAGAGGAGAAAAACCGUUUGCUGCGAGUGGUAUCUGGGGCAGGGCUGGACUCAAUCUCCUCCCUCAGGGCCAAAUGGGACAAACUGGAGCUUGUGAUGGAGAGCCAUCAGCUCAUGAUCAAAGAUCAGCUGGAGGUGAUGCGAAGUCACACCACAGAUCGCAUCAAUGCCUACAAGGCAGAUUUAGAGCGGUUCAAAGCUCGCUGGGACCAGCUGAAGCCAAAGGAGGAGAUGUUUGUGUCUGGUGAUCAUGAUACUUUACUUGCCAAUCUUCAAACCAUUCGAGAUAAGCAGCAAGAGUUCCAGGAGUUGGACACUGUGCGCAGUAAACUAAUGCAAGAUUGUGUCUACUUCAACCUGGAGGUUGCAAUGUUCCCUCUGGCUGAGGAAACAAAACAAGACAUGGAGGAAUAUAGCCAGAUGUGGGGUCUGUAUGAGGAGUGGCAUCAAGGCUUCACAGAGAAGGCUCAGAUGGACUGGAUCUCAUUCAGGAGUAAGACCCAUCUGUUUGAGGAAUUUCUAUUUACAUGGCAGGACAAACUUAGGAAGCUGCAACAACCUACAUCCAUUUCUGUUAAAUUGCAAGGAGAAGUGGAUAAAUAUAAGAACAUUCUUCCAGUGUUAAAAUAUGUGCGUGGGGAACACUUGUCUCAAGACCAUUGGCUGGACAUGUUCCGUCUCCUUGGUCUUCCAAGAGGGAUGACUUUAGAAAGACUCACCUUUAAUGACCUUCUCGCAGUGGCAGAUAACAUUAUUGCAAAGGCCAUGGAGCUUAAGGACCUUAACAACCGUGCCCACGCAGAGGUGACAAUCAGAGAAGCACUAAGAGAAUUGGAGUUGUGGGGAGCAGCAGCUACCUUUAACCUAACAGAGUACACCGGCAGCAGUGGCGGAACUCUCACCAUCAUCAAAGACUGGAAAGAUAUUGUCAGCCAGGUAGGAGAUAACCGCUGUCUACUGCAGUCUCUGAAAGACUCUCCCUACUACCGCAACUUUCAGGACAAGGUCAGCUUGUGGGAGGUACGUCUGUCAGACUUGGAUGAAUACUUACUAAGCCUUAAUGCCAUCCAGAGAAGAUGGGUUUAUCUGGAACCUAUCUUUGGACGGGGUGCAUUGCCUCGAGAGGAAACCCGUUUCAAACGAGUUGAUGAGGACUUCAGGUCUAUCAUGUCAGACAUCCAGAGGGACAGCAGAGUCGUUUCACUGAGUUCAAGGGCUGGCAUCAGAAACUCCCUGGUGACCAUAAUGGACCAGCUGCAGCGCUGCCAAAAAUCACUGAAUGAGUUUUUGGAGGAGAAACGCUCAGCCUUCCCAAGAUUUUAUUUUAUUGGAGAUGAUGAUCUUUUAGAGAUUCUCGGUCAGGCCACCAACCCAACAGUCAUCCAGUCACACCUCAAGAAAUUGUUCGCAGGCAUCCAUAGCGUUGUGUUCGAUGAGCAUUGCCAGCGCAUUGUGGCCAUGUGUUCCUUAGAUGGAGAGACGGUACCUCUGAGAAAUACUGUAAAUAUCUCCAGCCUUGUGGAGGAGUGGUUAAAUGAAUUAUCUAAGGAAAUGAAGGGGACUUUGAGGGAAAUGCUGUAUGAAUGUGUCACUGCUGGGAAAAAAGGUGACGUGGACCCCUCACGCUAUCCGUCACAAAUUUUGUGUCUUGCAGAGCAAAUCUUAUUUACUGAAGAUGUGGAGCGAGCACUCAAGGAAAAUAACCUACAGCAGCUAGAGCUGGAGCUUAGUGCCAAGUUGGACCACUAUACCACAGCGGACACCAUCUCUGGUGACCUCACAAACACAGAUACUGGUAUUCUGCAGAUUAAGUUGAAGGCCUUAAUCCUGGACAUUAUCCACAACAUCAGCGUGGUGAAGCAGUUAAUUCAAGCAGGAGUCAGAAGCCUUGAGGCCUGGAGUUGGCAGAAGCAACUUCGCUUCUACAUGGGAUCUGACAAAUGCUGUCACAUUCAUAUGGUGGAUGCAAAGUUCAGCUACACUUACGAGUACCAGGGGAACGCAGCAAAGCUGGUGCACACACCACUGACUGAUAAAUGCUACCUGACUCUGACUCAGGCCAUGAAGAUGGGGCUUGGGGGGAACCCGUAUGGGCCAGCUGGUACAGGAAAGACUGAGUCUGUCAAAGCCUUGGGGGGACUGUUUGGACGACAGGUGUUGGUGUUCAAUUGUGAUGAGGGUAUUGAUGUGAAAUCAAUGGGACGCAUUUUUGUGGGCUUGGUGAAGUGUGGCGCAUGGGGCUGCUUUGAUGAGUUCAAUCGUUUGGAGGAAGCAGUGCUAUCUGCAGUUUCUAUGCAGAUUCAAGCCAUUCAAAACUCCCUUAAACAUCACAAGCACACAUGUGAACUAAUGGGGAAAGAGGUUGAAUUAGACCCAAACUCAGGAGUGUUUAUUACACUGAACCCAGCAGGAAAAGGUUAUGGAGGUCGACAGAAACUUCCAGACAACCUAAAGCAGCUGUUCAGGCCUGUGGCCAUGAGCCGACCAGACAAUGAGCUGAUUGCUGAAGUCAUUUUGUACUCUGAGGGCUUCAAAAGCGGAGAAAUACUGGGUCGCAAACUGGUUGCAAUCUUUAACCUUGCCAGGGAGCUCUUGACCCCGCAACAACACUACGACUGGGGUUUGCGUGCUUUGAAAACAGUGCUGAAGGCCUGUGGUAGUUUGCUGCAGCAACAGAGAAAGAGUCAUGACAAGGACACGAUUCAAGAGAUCAAUCUGGUGGUCCAGGCAUUGCGACUUAACACCAUGUCCAAACUGACGUUUGCUGAUAGCUCAAGGUUUGAUGCUUUACUCAAAGACGUCUUCACUGGAGUAAAUUUCACUGAUGUUGAGGACCUGACCCUCACUGAGGCCCUGGGACAGGUCUACAGGGAGAAUCGACUGGAGCCUAUACCUACACAGCUUAAAAAAGCAUUGGAGCUGAAUGAGCAGCUGAGACAGCGCAUGGGUGUCGUGAUCGUAGGGCCAAGUGGAGCUGGCAAGUCUACUCUGUGGAGGAUGCUUCGGGCUGCUCUUAAUAAGACAGGCAGAGUGGUGAAGCUUUAUACAGUGAACCCUAAGGCAAUGCCCAAGCAGCAACUUCUGGGACAUAUUGACAUGGACACCAGGGAGUGGGCUGAUGGUGUCCUGACACAUAGUGCCAGAAAUGUUGUUAAAGAAUCGCAGGAUGUAAGCUCCUGGAUUGUGUGUGAUGGUGACAUUGAUCCAGAGUGGAUUGAAAGUCUGAACUCUGUGCUUGAUGAUAAUCGCCUUUUAACAAUGCCAAGUGGAGAGCGUAUACAGUUUGGACCCAAUGUCAAUUUCAUUUUUGAGACUCAUGACCUCAGCUGUGCCUCCCCAGCUACGAUAUCUCGAAUGGGGAUGAUUUUUCUCAGCGAUGAGGACAUUGAUGUGGGCGCCUUGGAGAAAUCUUGGUUGUGGAAUCAACCUGAGCAGUGUCGCGCUAAUUUAGAAAAAUGGCUGGAGGUUUUCUUCCAACAAGCUCUGGACUGGGUCCUCAAACAGAAUGAAUUUGUGGUGGAGACGAGCCUGGUGGGCACCGUACUUAAUGGUCUAUCACACCUUAGUGCUGUGACAGAGCGGGGUCAGUUCAUUGUUGGUCUUCUAAGAGGAUUAGGGGGAAACCUCAACCUCAAGACAAGACAAGAGUUCGCCAAAGAGUUGCUGAGCUGGGCAAAUGAAACCCCACCAAACAGCCGAAAGCCACUUGAUACCUACUAUGACCCUGAAAGGGGCCAUCUUGCAGCUUAUACAUUGCAGCGGCCUGACAGUCUCACGCUGGAGCAGCUCUCUCAUGCGCAUUCACUGCCUGUGAUUGAGACUCCAGAUAUGCAGAGGGCACUGCUAUCCUUCUCCCCUUGGCUCACUGCUCAACACAGGCAGCCCUUCCUGGUGGUGGGACCAGAGGGCUGUGGAAAGGGAAUGCUCCUACGCUUUGCCUUCUCCCGUCUACGCUCCACCCAAGUGGCGGUAGUUCACUGUAGUGCACAGACCUCGUCUCGCCACGUCCUCCAGAAACUUAGUCAGACUUGCCUAUUGCUCAGCUCCAACACGGGUCGAGUCUUCAGACCCAAGGACUGUGAAAACCUGGUCCUCUACCUAAAAGACAUCAACCUACCCAAACCUGAUAAGUGGGGGACCAGCAACCUCACAGCCUUCCUGCAACAGAUGUUGACGUAUAAAGGGUUCUACGAUGAAAAUCUCGAGUGGGUUAGCCUGGAGAAUAUCCAGGUGGUGGCAUCAAUGUCAACAGGUGGUGCUGUUGGGAGCCAUUCGUUGACAUCACGCUUUUCAUCAAUAGUUCGCAUCUGCACCAUAGACUAUCCAGAUCGAGAACAGCUGCAGACUAUCUACUCAGCGUACCUGCAGCCAAUUCUCCAACACAGCCUGGGCAACCAAGCAUCCUGGGCCAGCACAGGGAAAACACACCAGCUGGCUGGUUCGCUGGUUCAGCUCUAUGAACAGGUGAAAGCCAAGUUUACAGUGGAUGAUCAUAGUCACUAUCUUUUCACCCCGUGCAUCCUAACCGAAUGGGUCCUCAGUUUGUUUAGAUAUGACCUCACUGCAGGUAAAAACACACACACACACAAAAAAAAAAUGUGCAUAAUUUGUUUUGUGCUGGUGGUGGUAGCAUAUGAGGCUAUAAGAAUUUUCAGAGACCGUCUUGUUUCCUCCAAAGACCGCCAUACCUUUGAUAAUAUCCUUUCCUCCAUCCUCCGUGGGGACUGGAGCUCUGAUGCUCUUGAAAACAUGACUGAUGUUUUCUAUGUAACAUGGGGAGUCUCUGAAGGAGUUGUAAUAGCUCCAGGCCAGGCUCUGCCUCCUCAUGGUAAACAACUGGGACGUCUGCAUUCUUCUGACCUCAAGCAAGUCAUUCAUAAGGGACUCGUGCUGUACAGUCGUGAUAACAGAGAGCUGGACCUCCUUCUUUUCUGGGAAGUGUGUGACUUUGUCUCCAGGCUUGAUCGCGUGUUGAGCCGGCCCGGUGGCUGUCUGCUUCUUGCGGGUCGUAGUGGAGUAGGGCGGCACACAGCCACAUUUCUGGUGUCACACAUGCAUGGAUACUCCCUGUUUACGCCAAAUAUCUCACGUGCUUAUUCUCUGAAGCAUUUUAAGAAUGAUCUAAAAAAUGUGAUGCAAUUGGCUGGACUAGAAGGGCAGCAGGUUGUCUUCCUGUUGGAGGACUAUCAGUUCGUUGAUCCUGCUUUUCUAGAGAUGGUCAACAGCCUGCUUUCAUCUGGCGAGGUUCCUGGACUUUACACCCCUGAAGAGCUGGAGCCUCUUCUCUCUCCCCUCAAAGAUUCUGCUUCCCAGGAUGGAUUUACUGGACCCCUAUACAACUACUUUUCCUUCAGAAUACUACAGAAUCUCCACAUUGUACUAAUCAUGGACUGUUCAAACCCCAACUUCACCAUCAUCUGUGAGAGCAAUCCAGCUUUUUACCGCAAGUGUUCGGUCCAGUGGAUGGAAGGAUGGUCGGAAAGCAGCAUGAAAAAGAUUCCUGAGCUCUUACUUGAAAAGGCAAACAAUGAAGGGGAGAAGAAUGAAUCUAAAAAGAAAGCAAAGACAGAAUCUGGGCAGGAAGAUGUUAGCCGUCUGUUCCUCAUGGUCCAUGAGUCAUGUCGAAAACAUGGUGCAACACCCAGUCAUUAUAUGGCCUUUCUACACCUUUACAAUGCAAUUUAUAGCAGGAAGCAGAUGCAACUCACAACAAGGCAACAACAUCUGCAGGCCGGUGUUUCUAAGUUUAAUGAAUCCAAGGCACUAGUUGACAAGCUAAAGAUGCGAGCUGCAGAGCAGACUGUGCUGCUGAAGACCAAACAACAGGAGGCUGAUUCUGCCCUGCAGGAAAUCACCACAUCCAUGCAGAAUGCCAGUGACCAAAAAGCAGAGAUGGAAAAGAUUCAAGCAAGAAUGUCUCAAGAAAUGUCAAAGAUAGAAGAACGUAAAGCCAACAUUGAUGAUGAACUAAAAGAAGUAAAGCCUUUGGUGGAUGAGGCGAAACAAGCAGUGGGAAACAUCAAGCCUGAAGCACUGUCUGAGAUCCGCUCUCUCCGUAUGCCACCUGAUGUUAUCAGGGACAUCCUGGAGGGGGUUCUGAGACUGAUGGGUACCUUCGACACCUCCUGGGUUAGCAUGAAGAGCUUCCUGGCUAAACGCGGUGUGAGGGAGGACAUAGCAACAUUCGAGGCCAGACACAUCACCCCUGAGAUUCGCCAGAGUGUGGAAGACCUGCUUCAUAGGAAUAAGGCUUCCUUUGACCCCAAGAAUGCAAAACGUGCAAGUGCAGCUGCUGCACCUCUGGCGGCCUGGGUCAAAGCAAAUGUCCAGUACUCUCUUGUCCUACAGAGAAUUGAGCCGCUUGAGCGGGAGCAGGCUGGACUAAUGGACAACCUGAGGAAAACGGAAACUCGAAAGAACAAGCUUGAGAGCCUACUCAACUCUGUUGGAGACAGGGUUAUUGAACUCAAAGAGAAGUUUCAGUGCCACACUGCAGAGGCAGCCAAGCUGGAGGCUGAGGUGGCAAAAGCUCAAGACACAAUCAAUGCUGCCCAGCAACUGAUUUCCCAACUGGAUGGAGAACACAAGCGGUGGAAUACACAGAUGUUGGAGAUAAAGAACGAGUUAGAUACACUCCCUGUGAGGGCCAUGCUUGCUGCAGCCUUCAUCACAUAUUUGUCUGCAGCACCUGAAGAUCGUCGUAGAAAUUGUCUGGAAACCUGGAUGGCUCGAUCUGGACUUCAAAAGUUUGACUUCAGGUCAUUCCUGUCAUUGGAGAGUGAACAGUUGAUUUGGAAGAGUCAAGGGCUGCCGUCUGAUGAACUCUCCAUGGAGAACGCAAUUGUAAUAUUACAGAGUGUAGCAUGUCCUUUUCUCAUUGAUCCUUCUUCCCGAGCCACAGAGUGGCUCUGUACACAUCUCAAACAAAACCGACUUGAGAUUAUCAACCAACAGGACAGUAACUUCAUGACUGCUCUGGAGCUGGCAGUCAGAUUUGGGAAAACUCUGAUCAUUCAAGAAAUGGAUGGAGUGGAGCCAGUACUCUACCCACUCUUAAGGAGGGACCUCAUUGCACAAGGCCCAAGAUACGUUGUACAGAUUGGAGACAAGGUUAUUGAUUACAAUGAGGACUUCCGGCUCUUCCUGGCAACUCGUAAUCCUGCACCCUUCAUCCCCCCUGAUGCGGUUUCUGUGGUUACAGAGGUCAAUUUUACCACCACAAGGGCGGGCCUGCAAGGGCAGCUUCUGGCGUUGACCAUACAACAUGAGAAACCAGAAUUGGAGACAGAGAAAACAAGACUGCUUCAACAAGAGGAAGACAAGAAGAUACAGCUUGCAUUAUUAGAGGAGUCACUGUUGGAGACCUUGGCUACAUCGCAGGGGAAUAUUUUGGAGAACCGGGAGCUUAUAGACAGUCUGAACCAAACCAAAGCAAGCAGUGCGCUCAUCCAGGAGUCACUUCUAGAAUCACACCGUCUGCAAGCAUUUCUGGACCAGGAACGAGGUGCCUACUUACCUCUUGCAGAAAGUGCCAGCAAGAUGUAUUUUGUCAUCACAGACUUGUCGAAGAUUGACAACAUGUACCGCUUCAGUCUUGCUUCAUUUCUACGCCUCUUUCAGAGGGCUCUUCAGGCCAAGAAGGAAGCAAAUAAUACUGAAUCCCGGAUCAUUGCAUUGAAAACGAGCUUGAAGAAUAUGGUGUACGAGUAUGUAUGCCGCUCACUUUUCAAGGCUCACCAGUUAAUGUUUGCGAUACACUUCACCAAGGGCGUACGCCCUGACCUUUUCCAGGAAAAUGAAUGGGAAGUCUUCAUUGGCUCCAUUGUCGGGGAAAUGUUCAAACAAGAGGUAAGAUUUUUUUCUGAGUUCCCAUCUUGGAUUGAUCAGGAGAGACACAGAUCAUUGGCAGUUUACAAGACUACAUUUACAGCUCUCUAUCAGUCCCUGUGUUUGAGUGACUCAGACCUUUGGCUGUCCUUCGCACGCAGCUCACACUGUGAACAAGAAAUUCCAUCUUCAAUUGCCAAGAAAAUUACUCCCUUCCAGCAGCUGUUAUUGGUUCAGGCAGUCAGACCAGAUCGACUGCAGAGUGCAAUGACAGCAUUUGCCUCCCAGGCAUUGGGUUUGAAGGAACUCUCUCCUCCUCCUCUGAACCUGAGGCGUCUUUAUGCUGAGACUUUGGAAUGGGAACCGGUCCUGAUCAUUACCUCGCCGGGGGCCGACCCCUCCCAAGAGCUUGCGGAUCUAGCCACAGACACUGUGGGUCGGGAUCAUUAUCAUGAGAUCUCGAUGGGUCAGGGACAGGCUGACGUGGCCUUGGCGACACUCAGAGAAUGUUCCCGAAGCGGAGAGUGGCUUUGCUUGAAAAACCUCCAUCUUGUCACAGCAUGGUUACCUCUACUUGAAAAAGAGCUAAAUGUUCUACGUCCCAAAGAAGGCUUCCGUCUCUGGUUGACAUCAGAGGUUCACCCCAGAUUUCCUCCCAUACUGCUGCAAUCGAGCCUGAAGAUCACUUACGAGGAUCCUCCUGGGUUGAAGAGGAAUUUGUUGAGGACCUAUGAGUCCUGGACACCAGAACAGAUCAGUAAAGGUGGAAUACUUGCUCGUUCCCAGUCUCUCUUCUGUCUAGCGUGGUUCCAUGCUGUGUGCCAAGAAAGGCGUAACUACAUACCUCAGGGAUGGACUAAGUUCUAUGAGUUUUCGUUAUCAGACCUGCGUGCUGGCUUUGAAAUCAUUGACAGGCUUUUUGAAGGUGGUAAACCUUUUCAGUGGGAGUUCGUCCAUGGCCUGUUGGAGAGUGCUAUCUAUGGUGGACGCAUCGACAACCCGUCUGACCUCUGCAUCUUGCGCUCUUAUCUGGAGCAGUUUUUCUCUGCACGACUUUUCUCCUCCCCGUCGUCCGGACAGGGAAAGAACAAAGGAGCACGCUUUCUUCCACCCCAGAUCAACCUUCCAAAUUCUUGCUCCAUUUUGGACUACCGUGGGGUUGUGAAGAAUCUCCCUGAAGAUGACAAGCCAGCAUUCUUUGGUCUGCCUGCAAACAUAGAAAGAACAUCCCAGAGAAUUAUCAGCUCCCAGGUGAUUUCCCAGCUACGUGUCAUGAGUCGCUCAGUGGCAACAGGAUCAAAAUUUGACAGGGAGCUCUGGUCUAAUGGACUUUCACCUAUCCUCAACUUGUGGAAGAAACUUAACAAGGGUUCUGCACUGAUCCAACAGAAGGUCACACCUCCUACAGAUCAACAUGAGUCUCCAGUACUGUCUUUCAUUGUUCUGGAGCAGUUCAAUGCCAUUCGCUUGGUUCAGGGUAUCCACCAAUCACUCGCUGCCUUGAGCAAAGUGAUUAGAGGGACGGAGCUUCUGACUCCUAAGGUUCAAAAAUUGGCAACUGCUUUGCUCAAUCAAGAGUGUCCUUUGACAUGGCAAAACAUGUGGGAGGGACCUGAGGAGCCAAUGCAGUACCUGAGCGCUGUAGUGAUGCGCGCGCUUGCCUUACAGAAUUGGGUGGAACAUGCAGGCAAACAAGCUCUUCUGUCAGACACCUUGGAUCUGUCUGAGCUCUUCCACCCUGAUACCUUCCUCAAUGCUCUGAGGCAGGAGACUGCCAGAUCUUUAGGUUGUUCAAUGGAUAGUUUGGUGUUUACAUCAUCAUGGAAGAGUCCUAUUGUUGGAGCCAAACUUCAAGUCAAGGUGGGUGGUCUGCAGCUGGAGGGUUGUAGUUUCGAUGGUGUCCAUCUUUGUGAAAACCAGCAUGACUCUCCCAGUGUUUCAGCAGUGCCUCUCUGCUACAUGGCUUGGGUUCCUCAGAAUUCUACUGCUGACCCUGCUGCUACGGAGGAGAGCAUCUGGCUGCCUCUGUACAGAAGCUCCGAGAGGGUUAAGGUGGUCACGCACAUUAGCGUGCCCUGCAGAAGCAACUCCAGCCAGUGGAUACAGACUGGUGCUGCCCUUUUCCUUAAACAACGAUGA